CUGUCGUGGUUGUGUCUUGAUGUGCCUUAGAGUCGAGAUGAUCCCCAAACUUGUAGCUGCUGUUCUUCUGCUGAGUCUGGGUUUGGAAGGCUGUUCCAGCCAGCACUGGUCCUAUGGGUUGCGCCCCGGAGGAAAGAGAAGCGUGGAACACUUGGUCGAUUCUUUCCAAGAGAUGGGCAAAGAGGUGGAUCAACCGGCAGAACCCCAGCACUUCGAAUGCACUGUCCACUGGCCCCGCUCGCCCCUCAGGGACCUGCGAGGAGCUCUGGAAAGUCUGAUUGAAGAGGAAACCAGGCAGAAGAAGAUGUAAAUGCACUGGCCCCG